AUGGGGCUCCUCAGUGGCUACGGCAGCGACGAGUCUGCCUCCAGUGCUGGCGAGCCAGGUGCAAAAAGGCGCCGAGUCGUCCGGCUCGACUACGCAAAGCUUCCCGUGUCGCGCCCGCUACCUUUGCCUUCGAGGGAGGCCGCAGCCCAGCAGCUGCUCGAGGAGCCAGAGGAAGCAGAGGGAGCCGAGUCUGAAGAUGAGGACAGCGAGUCCAGCAGCAAUGACUCGGCCAAUGAAGGGCGCCAAGAGCAAAGUCCAGCGCUGGAUGAGGAAGCCAUCAGCAUGGCUGAAAUGCCGUCAUCGCUCGUGGACCUUCUUCCCCGCCCAAAGAAGGAAAUGGCAGCACCUCUCCUCAGCGAUAGCCAGGUCGACAUAGACUUUGCCACCGCCGGAAAGCCUAAGGAGAAGCCGCAGGCCAUGGGUGAUACGAAUGCCUGGGUAGUCCGCGCAGCCCAAGUUCCUGAAGUUGAGGAGACACAGGACGAGCUGCCUGAAAGGCUGCAAAAGCACCCUUUGCUUCGGACUCUGCAAGCCAGUCCUGCCGGCCCAACCCAAGCAGAAGUUGCGCACCUCACGUCCUCUUCUGCAAAGCUGCUGCACAUUUCCGCUGACAGUAUGAAGGAUCCGAACUGGCGAUUGAACAAUUUGGUCUCUGGGCAGCCGGGUCUUCUACGAGCCAGCAGAGUUCCAGCCGACAUCAGCCAAUACGACCAAGCGAGAUGGCAGGGCAGCACUUUGUCGAACCCUUCGAAAACACAGAAGAGGAAGCAUCACAUCAAUUGGCUUGCGCAAGAGGCCAUCGAAAAAGAGGCCGAAGAUUUGGAUCGCGCUGCCGGCGGCAAGCUGACCAAGGCCCAAACACGGUCGAGAUACGGCUGGUAA